AUGGUCGUAACGCCUGUGUUUAUGGGGUGGCGGAUGCAGGGGCUUGUGGAGGGGUGGAGCUUGAUGGAUUCUGUGUGUACGAGCACGCCGGGGACGUCCGUUAGGGAGUUCAGGGGCCCCGCGGGGUGCCGGCCGAUUUUGAGGGUGGGGAGGAGGUCGCGUAUUCGGGGCCGGGAGUUGGAUUCAUUCCCGGUGUCUGCCGCCAUGCUCUAG